GCAGAAUUCACCCACAGCGUGAUCUUCAAUAAACUUAUCCACUGCGAGGCAGUUGAACAACUUGAAGCCAGAUUUGUAUAACAAACGCAACUGAUCUCUGAGAGGGGGUAAGAGGCGCCCAACCCAAUUCUUUUGUGCUGUGAAGCGCCUUGUGAUUUCAUUGAGAUUUUCCCGGGCUGCCAGACGCAUACUAUAAUGGGCUCCCUCGCUUCGUAUCUCUCUUGUACCCGUGACUUGUUUUCGGCUGGUUAAAGCAGCGGUCCUCUUCCGUUGUCAGUAGUUUUGAACCCUGGGGAUUGGCAGAGAAUUUCUCGCUGAGCAUCCGGACGGGUCCCAAUGAAAAUGCACGGGAGAAACAGGUACAAUCUGGUGGACGAUGUGGCAGAUUCCCGUGUCCCGCUUCAUAACGAAGAAGCGUAUCAACACGGCAUACACUUUCAAGCCAAGUAUGUGGGCAGCCUGGACGUCCCGAGACCCAAUAGUCGAAUGGAGAUUGUGGCUGCUAUGAGAAGAAUCAGGUACGAGUUUAAGGCCAAGAGUGUCAAAAAGAAGAAAGUAAGCCUGUUGGUAUCAGUAGAUGGAGUCAAAGUGAUGCUGCGCAAAAAGCCCAAGAGGAAGGAGUGGACUUGGGACGAAAGUAAGAUGCUGGUUAUGCAGGACCCCAUAUACAGGAUCUUCUACGUAUCCCAUGAUUCUCAGGAUCUGAAGAUUUUCAGCUAUAUUGCACGUGAUGGAUCCAGCAACUCAUUCAGAUGUAAUGUGUUCAAGUCCAAAAAGAAGAGUCAGGCCAUGCGAAUAGUGCGGACAGUCGGCCAGGCAUUUGAAGUGUGCCAUAAGCUGAGUCUGCAGCACGCUGAGCAGAAUGCAGAUGAGCAGCCAGACGACCCUGCAGACGGCCAGAGCGAUCAGUCUGGAGAAGAGCCCAGCCCUGAAGGUCGACACCUGACAGGAGCUGAACAUGAUGAUGAAACAGAGUCGCAGUCGAAGAAGCUCAGCGAGCAAGCUAUGGAUGACAUUCUUCAGAGCUUGUCCGAGCUCAGUGUGGUGAAAACUGGACAAACCCUGCAGUCUUUACAAAAUCUGGAGGGUGUCUCUCUCUACACGUUAGCUCCCAGCAGCCCUUGCUCUCCUUCUCUCACACCUUUGGCUACCCAACACCACCUGCAGUUCCUCCAACAGCAGCUGCUUCAGCAGCAACAACAAACACAUAUUGUUGUAGCACAGGUGCAGCUCCUGAAGGAUCAGCUGGCAGCAGAAACGGCCGCCCGCAUGGAGGCGCAGGCCAGAACUCACCAGCUGCUGUUGCAAAACCGUGACUUACUACAACACACGGCCCUGCUGGUCAAACACCUCAGCCAGCUAGAGAUCAGAGGCAACGGAACCACACAGAAUGAAGAAUCGCCAUGGAGGAGCGUGCACACACGUUCUCUCUCUCUCUCUCUCAACCUCAAGAACCUCUACACACCUCGCUCAGACCAACCCAUCACCUCCACUCCAGCCGGGCAGUCAGUGAACCCUCCUGCAUCCACCUACGCUGAGUCCUACCUCAAUCUGCUCAACCUGCGUGGCGGAGCCGCCAUCACAACCAAUGGGAAGCCAGAGAAUACAAGAAGCGACGAGCGAUUGGAUGCAGCAAAAAAAGUUGUAAAGCUAGACUCUCACAAUUCAACAGCACUCGAUGAGAGGUUUAAACAAAUCAUCCCUAAAUUGGAUCCCCCGCCCCAGCCACUCAACCGCAAACGCUCGAACAGGACUCUCUCUCCGGGUGUAGAGGUGGAGUCAAAGUCCCCAACCGUAAAUGGGAACGUACUUCCUAAUGUGAGCAGUAGCGCCUCAUUUCCUGACAUCACACUUUGUUCUGUUUCACCUGGGGAUUUUUACUCUCUCACCGGUGGCGACAGUGCAUCCUGUUCGGUUAGCGAAGAUUCUGGCGUACGCUCGGAUGAUAAAUCCCUAAUUUCACCUCAGUCCAGAGAAGAUCCGUCUGAUGACCAGAGCUCCGUUCUAAUCUCUACAUCCAGUACAUGCAGCAGCUUGCCCGAGGAUCAUCCACCUGUAGACGGUGUGACUCCACCAAAUUCUGCCACCCCCGUCGGCUAUGAGCAAACAAUUCCGUUUUCUUCGCCCAUGAAUGACACCUGCCUUCAUAUUAGCCUGAGCGAAGAUGAGCUUUUGGAGGAUGCCACCCCAUGCAGGAGUUAGGAUUCUAAGCAAGUGGGACAAAUCUGCCAAACGUUUUAUUAGAACGUUAUGAUAUAAUGAUUCCAGUGUUGGAGAACUCCAAGUUUUGUUAUAGAAACGCAAGGUAUAAUUCAAUACCCUAACACUGUUGUUUAGCAUAAUGAAUCUUUCGCUCCUAGGCCGAUGACCCCUGACUGGUCUUUUGUAAUAAGAUCUGUAUUCUAAUCAUCUUCCUUUGUCUGCAAUGUCCUUAAAUGAUUUUAUCUAUAAAAUUCGUUGAAAGAAGAUUUAGUAUGAUGCAGAAUAGAGUACUAUUGACAGAUGGAUAGUGUAUUUUUGUAGAUUAAAAAUGUAUUGUUAUUUUUAACCUUCAAAUAAGCAGUGAAUAGAGUGAAUUGACACGCUUGACAGAUUACCUGCUCUAGUUAGUGCUGCUGAUAGCUGUGUGUUUGUCUUGAAUAUGUUGAUGGGUUGUGUUUCCAUAUUAUUUCAGGUCUCAUUUUUCUACUGAUGUUUGCUGUAAUGAUGGACUUAUAUAUUGUUCUAACGUUCCUUGAAUGUUGUAAAACAGUUAUGUAGCAAAGAAAAAGCAGAAUGGAUAAAGGCAAUGUUAGCAUGAGGGCAGGCCUUAAAGGGAUACUUCACCCAAAAAUGAUCCGUAUAAAUGUCUUUGUUCUGAUGAACACAGAGAAAGAUAUUUGGAAGAAUGCUCACAACCAGACCAGGUAGUCAAAAGUGCCCCAGAACUGUUUGCUGUCCUACAUUCUUCAAAAUGUUUUCUUUUGUGUUCAACAGAACAAAACAAUGAUAAAGUAAUUGUUCCUACUAUGGGAGUCAAUGGGGGGGGAUCUGUCUGGUUAUAAGCGUUCUUCCAAAUAUCUUUCUCUGUGUUCAUCAGAACCAAGACAUGUAUACAGAUUUGGAACAACUCGAAUGUGAAUAAAUGAUGACAGAAUUUUCAUUUUUGGGUGUUUAAAGUUUCCCUUUAAAAACUGAAAGGAUAAUUGCAGUGCUCGGUUCACUGGGGGGACUCUAGCUGGAACAUAUUUUAUACGAUUUAACCACAGAUGCAGAAAAUCAUACUAUAUUUAUGUAUGAAACUUGCAUAGUGAUUGGAGGCCAUAUUUUGGAUAAAAGAUGGAAAUCUGUUACAUUUUGAGGUGUUCCCCUCAUUUCCAAUCCUGGACAAAAAUAGAAAUAUGAUUAGAACAGGUGCACAUUUAGGUGAGAAUCAUAUUCAUUCCGUACACUGGCAGGCAAUUGGUUUUAUUAUGUGACAUGUGAGAGUGGAUAAGUUAACAAGGCAGCUUGAGUGGGUAGAUGAUUAAGGACAAAAAUUUGUCUUAAAAGGGACAUGAUUGUGUGUAGACAUCUUGAUAAGCAGAACAUCUCUGAUUCCAUGGCAUCAGCAAUCAGGGUAAAAUGAAACAAGAUUAUUUUACAGGUGAAAAGACGAGACCAAAAAACUGAGUUUAGAAAACUAGUGUCAUUGUCUUCUUUAGUGAUCCCUCACUGAACAUGACAAACCCGACUGAGCUGAGAAAAUAAAAAUGUCAUAAAAAUGUACUGUGGUACAUUUGAACUGUACCCUUAAACGUACAUCCACCCCAAGUCUAAGUCCACCCAAAAAAGCAAAUUAUUUUGUCAUUUUCUCAUCUUGUCAUUUCAGUUUUUUGGGGGGGGGUAAUGUUCACUUUAAAAAGGACACUUUUGUGCUUUGUUCUGAGUGUAUGUAGCGGACCAGCUCUAUUUUGAAUCUCUAUACUGGAAUAUUUCAAAUAGAGUAACCUUUUUGGCCUUAAACACUGAAAUGUGUGCCAGUUGAAUGAAAGUAUUUUUCAUUAUUUCCAAAUGAGGCAACAGAGACAUAGCAAACAAAUGUAUCUUGAUGUGAACAAAUAAAAGAGGAACAUUAAAUGAGCAUUGGACAGGAGGAAAAAGGAGGAAUUGCUGGCUAAUAAAAGAAGUGGGUGUAAGCAGGUGCUUUUUGCUGAUGGAGGGAGGCAGAUAGAAAAAAGAAAGGAGAGAGAGAAAAUAAAUUGUUUGCAAUUGUAUUGUUGAAAUAAAACUAUGGCAAUAAAAAAAUUCAGGGUACAGUUUUUUCAUCAAAAUAAACGGUUGUGUUUUUGUUAAAUUGCCAGAUGAUUUUGCAGAGUAACUACAUCAAGUGUGGCUUUGUCGAUAUUAGGGGUGAGAAUACAAUAACCAAAUCAUAACCCUGAUCUUACCCUCGAUUUAUCUGUUCUGCGUUCAUUUUAUAUCCCAAUUACCUCAUUAACCCCUAAGCCUCAAAUUUCCAUUGUUUAACUUUGCUAGUACAAUUGUUGUGUCCCAAAUUAUCAUUUACACACCCUCUUGUCAUUUAA